AUGAAUUCAUAUGACAAUGGAGAACUAAAUCGAGGAGGAAGCUUUGAAUCGCGCAAAGACUCAAAUAGAGGUACAGCAACUUAAAAUGAUGUAGAUUUAACAGUGUUAAAUGGUAAUAUAAAUGUUUUACUAUUUCAGUAAAAAUAACAAGUAAUUAUCUAAAGGUAGAGUUGAAGGCUGCUAUCGUUAAUAUAUCUAUGAUAAACAACAACUUCUAUUUGAAGCAACAGCAGUCAAUGCCUUCCAUUAUAAAAUUGAAAUAACAUAAGAUCAACCUGUACCUAACCUGUUUUGUGCACUUUAUGCACGUAAUCAUAGGUAAGAAGACCAUAAGACAAAUAUGGGUGUUUUUAACAAUCUUACCCAUAAUUAUAAUUUGUUUCCAUUUAUUAUGCUUGUUUUCCAUCCUAAACGUCUGCAGAGCUGUUAAUAGUUAAUCAUGAAGUUCAAUGCUGGUUUAUGUCCUGGAAGGCUAAAAUCUGAGUGAGCUUUUUUUUUUGCCUUCUCUGGGCCAACUCAUUAGAGCUGCGUUUCAAUUUCACAAUACUGUUAUAAUCAAACAAGGAAUACAAAGGCUAAUACAUAACUAGCAUAUUGACUAUGUGGUGUCUGCAAAAUAAAAUCACAAAAAUUAAUCGCAUGAGAUUUUACCCUCCAUCCCCAACUUGAAAACUUUGCUCUUUAGUUAGCAUAGUUUAAGAAACGUAAAAUUUACAUUUCUGUAUGAACUGGCCAUCCAAAAAUCCUGUUAAAGAUUGAAUUUUUAUGUUUCUAUUAUAGAAAAGAAAUCUAAGCUUGGCGUGGUCAGGAAUGUUUUUACCAGCAAACGGGCAGAGAAGAACAAGGCUUCGAAUGAAAUAAAAGUAACUAAAUUAUUUAAAAAUAAUCAUUUGAAAUCAUUUAAAGAACUCUCAAGCCAGGUCAUCUGUAAAUGAAUAAAAAUAUCUAGCUUUUGAGGAUCUCAGAAUUAAAAAUCAGUCUAACUUAAGCCUAUGUCAUUCAAAUAUCUGAAUAUAUGGUGGAUCCUCUCCUGAUUUAACAUGAAAGAUUAACACAGUAGCUACAUCACUUUCAAAUUAAACUGUUCCAACAGGAUCUUGAGGUGAUGCUUAUAUUUUGGAUUCAUGACCAAAUCUUUUGGGACAACUUCUCCACACAGACGCUCUAUUCUGAGUAGACCAACUGGUCUUUAAAUUUAAGCCGAUUAAGAAAAAAGUUAUGCAGCUUGCACAUUGUCCUCCAAUAUUAGUUACCUCAUAUCUCAUCCAUGUUGGGAUACCUAGUGAUAUUAGUGAUGAGGUUAAUAAAGUAUGGCAACAAAGACAGUGAACAAAUCUUUCAUGUUCUUCACGUUAGGUACACUACCCAUUUAGGUGAUGUGACAGUUUGUGAUAAUUUAGCUGUUAAUCCUUGUACAUAUAUAUUGAGCAUUACCUUAAGGUGCGAUUUCCUGGGCUGAGAAUAGUGAGGUUACCAGUAGCUAUAAAAGACGUAAAAGGAGCUCUCUCUAUUUUUUAAAUUUUACAAGGCACUCAAUGGAAUGUGUCUCACUGCUUAGCUUUAAUUUUUUUCAACUAUCUAGAAAUGGAAUGGCUCACUCAUUACUUGUGUGCUAUAAUCCAGCCAUCUUCAAGGGCAGGGUCAUUGCUAUAUCCCAAAUACACCUGGGACUGGAGCCCAAAGCACACUUGAAUGACUCCUCAAAGAUUCAGCCCCUGGAAACACCCAAAUUCCACCCAUCCCUUAAUGCAUGCAUACUAUGCCUGUGUGCCCUUCAUGGUCCCUUCUUGGUUCUAUCCCAUGCCUGCAGGCAUUAUCUCAGAGCAAAUAGCUGAUAAAUGCAAGAGUAAUAUAAACAGCAAUGUAAACUUGCUUCUCCAAGUAGUGAUCUGUUCCUGUGUCUCCCUUCUGGAUAUUCUUCUGCUGUGGAUACUCUGCAGGGCCUGAAGAGGACUAAUCUGUCUUUAACCCCUUGAGGACACAUGACGGAAAUAUUCCGUCAUGAUUCCCUUUUAUUCCAGAAGUUGUGUCCUUAAGGGGUUAAGGAACAGCUCUUCUGUGCUCAAUCUUUUACUUGACCCUUUAGUCAGGAGAGAUUAGAGUGGAGACACCCAUGCAGAAUGCUGGGCAGUUGUCCGUGGACCUCAUGAGCAUAAGGGCCCCAUAGCCGUGCAUAGUAAUCACUCACAACAGGGCACUGAGGCAAGGGGGAGGUAAACUUAUAUACACACAGGGUGUGUCUGAUUGGCUAACUUCCAAUUAGUGUUAAUUACAACACGUGGGAGGUGUCUUUUCCCUCUCUUGUGAUCAGUGAGGUCAUCACUGUGUGCCUGGUCACAUGACUGGGUCUGACACACAUAUAAGGAAGCUGCCUUGGAGCGUGCAGUGUCAGAAACACUGUCAGGUUGGGGAGCGCUUGCAGAGACAGCCUUAAGCCGUGAACAGGAACCGGAAGACGCGGCUCGCUGUGAGGGAGUAAGCAAGGGCGCUGGGAGCGGCCCGGGGACCUGACAGAUGACAUGUGCAUGUGAGUCGAUAUGCUGUGCUACAUGAGUCCUUUUCUGAUAUUUUGUAUAUCUUCCCCAAAUAUUGUGUGUAGAGGGUGAGAUGUCCUUCCUACAUACCAAGACAAGCAUUAUAACCAAUUUAAGGAGCCCAUGCAGCAUACUAUAGUACUACCGAACAGCACACAACCUAACAUAUACCUUGGCAAGAUGAUGGGCAAAAAGAGAAAACAGAUUUCUAAAACUUUAGGUAUUCAACAUGUUACAGCCGAUCACACCAUUAGACAAAGCUUAAUCAUUUAAAGGACCACUAUAGGCACCCAGACCACUUCAGCUCAAUGAAGUGGUCUGGGUGCCAGGCCCCUCUAGUUUUAACCCUGACUGCUGUAAACAUAGCAGUUUCAGAGAAACUGCUAUGUUUACCUAUGGGUUAAUCCAGCCUCUAGUGGCUGUCUCAUUGACAGCCGCUAGAGGCGCUUCCGCGAUUCUCACUGUGAUUUUCAGACACAUUGAGAAAUGCUUUCCUAUGGACUGACUGAAUGCGCGCGCGGCUCUUGCCGCGCAUGCACAUUCAGCCGAUGACGUCAGAAGAGGGAAGAGAGUCCCCAGCGCCGAGGGAGCCUGGUGCUGAAGAAAGGUAAGUGCUUAACCCCUUCCUCCCCCUAGAGCCCAGUGGGAGUGGGACCCUGAUGGAGGGGGGGACCUAUUAACCCUAUAGUGCCAGGAAAACAAGUUUGUUUUCCUGGCACUAUAGUGGUCCUUUAAAGAAUACAUAUUUGCUUGAACUAUAAUAGAGAUUUUAAAAGGAAAGUCCAUGUUGAGGCUGGGAUUUAAGUAUGAAUGUCAAUCUGCUAAUAUACAAUAAUCAAGGAACAACAUUAAUAUUUUUUAUCUUUUUUGCUAUUAUUGUCGAAUAUGUGGAAAGAAAAUAAACAAUACAUUGUAAUAGUAUAUGUCAAUUUACUACAAUAAUCUCCCAUCACAGACUAGUUUAAGCAAGGCUUUUCUUCUGUCAGCCGUGGUUUGGAAUGAACAGCAUUUUCACCCAGCUUCAGUAUUCCAAAGAAGGUCUUUGGCUGCAUUCAAAAACAAUGCUUGAGAAGGACGAGAGGAUAUAGUGCUUAAGCUAUCACAAGUGUAUAAUUGCCAUGAAUGUAAAGAGUAAAAAAGCUUCUUACAACUGGAGCCAAUCAUUUCUGUUCCCAUGUCUGUUAUGCUUGGGGUGCAUUGAUACGUAGAAGGUAUCAUCUUUAAAGAUUUUCACACAUGCUUUUUUUUUAUAAUUGCAAUUUAGGAGAAAACAUCUGGAAUUAGUUUUCAGAAUAAAGCAAAAGAGAUAGAAGAGGAAGUGAACAACAGGUAAUUGUAAAAUAAAUGUUCAUCUGUGGGGUUGGUUCACAAGAGGAAAAUGAAAUUAAAAAAAAAAAAGUGUUGAAUUGAUUUUUAUAGGAUGUUAUAACAGGUUCUACAGCACUCUGAGAUUUGCAGUACACAGUCUGAUAAUGAAAUUGUCUAGUUAAUGCACCAAAUCCUUUUCACAUUCAGACCUCACAUUUCCAGAUUAUGUUCCCAAAAACAUAUAUAUAUAUAUAUAUAUAUAUAUAUCAGGGCUCGACAAAUCCCAGGUUGCCAUGGCAACUAGAAAUUUUGCCCUGGUGCCUGGGAUUUGUCAGCCCUUUAGCUAAAGGGAGCGUUGUAGCUGGCCGCCCGCCCUGGGGAGCAUUGAGGUGGUCAACCGUCCACCCUGGGGAGCAUUAAGGUGGUCGGCAGAGGCAGCGCACGAGGGAUUAGUGAUUUUCCAGCAGCUCCUCUCUGCUCCAUCAUGCUGUAUAGUAAUGCCGGAGCCGGAAUAUGACGUCAUUCCGGCCCUGGCAUCAGAGGAGCAGAGAGGAGCUGCAGGUAGAUUACUGCUUGCUUGCACGCUGGAAGAGAAAGCAGCUCCACUGGACCCCAGGGAAAGAUCAUCUCAGCUCUCCCAAAGGUAGGGAUGCUGGGUGGAUUAAAAUUAAAAAUGUAAAUCUGUGUGUGUGAGAGAAUGUGUAAGCAUGUCUCUGUCAGUGUGUGUAUGUGUGUAUAUGCUUCUGUCAGUGUGUGGGUGUUUAUGCCUCUAUCAGUGUCUGUGUGUGCCUGUCAGUGUGUGUGUCAGACAGUCUGUUUGUGUCUAUUUGUCAGAGUGUGUGUCUCUUUAGGUAUCACACGAGAGGUGUUUUUACUCACCUUUUUUCCCAUGCUGUGGCGGUUUUGCCGCAGCUUGUCCCACCUCCAUCACUGAGAUUAUCAAUCUUUAUUAUCUCCGCUAAGCCAAUGCUUUCCUAUAGGAAAGCAUUGUGCGGAUAUUGCACAUGUUCUCUAUGGGUAACAUUUAGUGCCUCCAUGUUGAACAUAGGUGCUGCACACUAUGCAGCAUUGACACAGGACUCUCCAGUGGCCAUGUAAACACUACCUUUCUCUGAAAAUGUAUUUACAUUGAAAAUGCUUUAGACACAGGCUAUAGGCACCAGAACAACUACAUUAACCUGUAGUGAUUCUGGUGACUAUAGUGUCCCUUUAAGAAUUGCAUAUUUCUCGUUGUAAAUUUUAAACUUUAGUAUAUUAGUAUAUUUAGUAUAUUAAUCACUACUCUAUUUCUGAUCAGAGGCCAACUGUGUUUCAUUGUCUUUGUAUGUACACUGCACAAUGAUAAUAAAGUUAAAUCUCAAUAGACACACACACACCUUAUAUGCAAGCAAUGAUCUUAUGCUGUCCUAUAUAGAGCAAGUUUACUAUUUUUCAACAUGUUUUGGUUUCACGUAUCCACCAAAAUUAGUAUUUUUGUACGCUAAAGGGAAGUUUAAAGACCAAGUGGAUUGCCUGCGCACAAUCCUCUUUUCCACUGAGAAGCAGUUAAUGUCAUAACUGUCACUUCAUCUAUACAUUUCAAGCAUUUACGAUAGAAAUACGAUACUCUAAUUUAUGUGUGAGUGUAUUAAACGUCUACAUCUGCCCAUAAUGGAAGGGAAAUGGCUCAGAGCAGACUAACUAUAACAAAAGCAAUCACCGCAACCAAACCUUGCGAUUACUUCACAGACUAGAAGAGAAUACAGAAAAUAUCAUUUCAUAUGACAGUGGACAACUAAAUCGAGGAAGUAGUCCUGAAUUGGACAAAGAUUUCAAUAAAGGUACAGUAACCGAAUAUUAUGGACAUUUUAACAGUGUUUCCAUUUAUUCUGCUUAUUUUCCAUGCCAAACCUCUGCAGAGCUGCUAAUAGUCAAUCAAGAAGUUCCAUGCUGGUUUAUGUCAUUGAAGACUCAAAUCAGAGUGAUCAUAACUCCUUAAUAGGCAUCAGGCCUUGCGAAUAUGACAUGUGACAGUGGUUAAAUGCUUUUCUUUGCCUUCUCUGGGCCGGAUCAUUAGAGCUGGGUUUCUUUUUCACAAUACUGUUCUAAUCAAACAAGGAAUACAUAGGCUAAUAAAUAACUAGUGGAUAUAUAUAUAUACACUAGUAUUGACUAUAUAUACAGAAUAGUGUCUGUAAGGUACAAUCACAAAAAUACCCCCCACCUCACCUAGAAAUGUUGCUCUUUAAUUAACAUAGAGAGAAACUUAACAUUUAUAUUUUAUCAUGGACUGGCUAUCCUAAUAUAUGCUGUUAAAGAUUGUAUUUUUAUGUUUCUAUUAUAGAAAAGAAAUCUAAGUUUCGCUUGAUCAAGAAUGUUUUUACCAGCAAACGGCUAGAGAAGAACAGGGCUUCAAAUGAAAUCAAAGGAACCAAAUUGGUUAAGAAGACUUCUCAAUCCAAGUCAUCUUUAAAGGAAUAA